AAAGCAACCCUGUGUGGGAUGGGAUCCUCUGGUGGCCAGCUUGUGGCCCGAGGGCCCCAUGUUGGACACUUUUGAUUUCCAAUACAAAGCUAGUAUACUACUGUGGCUGUCUGCAUGUUAACUUUGAUCCAUGCUAUGUCUCCUAUCCAAAAAUGACGGUGACGCUGAAGUUAAGUAGUUGGAGCAGAGGAAGGGGGGAAAGCGAUAACGAGAGGGGCAGGAAGCUGAAUCCCGUCUCCAGCAGUUAGCAGCAGCUUCCCUGGCUCCACGGCGACGGCACAACCGGCAGCAGAUUUAAAAAAUGUCCGAGGAAGGACCGAACAUGUUGACAGGGAGGAAGACGGCGUUAAGUGAAAACAUGCUCUUUGGGAUGGGAAAUCCCUUGCUCGACAUUUCAGCUGUUGUGGACAAAGAUUUCCUUGACAAGUUUGGACUGAAGCCGAAUGACCAGAUCCUCGCAGAAGACAGACACAAAGCCUUGUUUGAAGAAAUUGUCAAGAGGAACAAAGUUGAGUACCAUGCCGGUGGUUCUACCCAGAACUCAGUCAAAAUUGCUCAGUGGAUGCUCCAGAAGCCCCAUAAGGUGGCUACCUUCUUCGGGUGCAUCGGGAAAGACCGCUUUGGCGAGAUCCUAAAGAAGAAGGCCGAAGAAGCCCAUGUCGAUGCCCAUUACUAUGAGCAAAACGAGGAGCCGACUGGUACCUGUGCAGCCUGUAUCACGGGAGACAAUAGGUCCCUUGUUGCUAACCUGGCAGCGGCAAACUGCUACAAAAAGGAAAAACACCUGGACCUGGACAGCAACUGGGAGCUGGUGAAGAAAGCCAAGGUCUAUUAUAUUGCGGGUUUUUUCCUCACUGUGUCCCCGGAGUCGAUCGUCAAGGUGGCAAGACACGCUUCCGAUAAGAACAAAAUUUUUUGCAUGAACCUCUCGGCACCAUUCAUCAGCCAAUUCUUUAAAGAGCCCUUGAUGAAGGUUAUGCCUUAUGUCGACAUCUUGUUCGGCAACGAGACGGAGGCGGCCACGUUUGCCAAAGAGCUGGGCUUUGAGACAGACGACAUCGCAGAGAUUGCAAAGAAAACCCAAAACCUCCCCAAGGAGAACACGAAGAGGCAGCGAGUGGUGGUCUUCACCCAGGGCAAGGACGACACCGUCGCAACUGUCGGUGAUAGGGUGACUAUGUUCCCUGUUUUGGACAUAGACCAGAAUGAUAUUGUGGACACUAACGGAGCCGGAGAUGCCUUCGUUGGAGGAUUCCUCUCGGCGUUGGUCCAAGAGCACGCGUUGGAGGAGUGCAUCCGGGCCGGACACUACGCGGCCAAUGUCAUCAUCAGGCGGGUCGGAUGCACCUUCCCGGAGAAGCCAGAUUAUCACUGAUGCACCCGAAAAUGCUGCGCACGUGUCUUUUCCACAGAAAUACUUGUAUUUGUAUGUUUCGGGAUUUUACGUAUACUUAUUUUCUAUUCACAGUGACAGACUGCGUGGGACUAAUUACCUCAGCUUGACUAUUUUAUCAAACUGUUAAAAAAAGGAAAAAUAGCAGCUCUGAUGUUUUAAUAUAAGUCAAAUACUGGAAAAAUAUGUGUAUGUUUAAAGGCUUAUUCCGCUAAAAUCUGUCUAUUGGAUGUAAAAAACUGAAUACCUGCAAGCCUGAGAAGGCUGUGGGAAAGUGUCAAAUGUGUAAGCACAUCUCAAGAAACAAAUCAACAUAAUCUGCCAAACUUCACUAACAUUGAUCCAUAUUUUUUCCCCACUACAGAGCAAACACUAUGUCCCAAUAGCUCCUCCUCGUAGCUGGGGGUUUUGUAUUUUAGUGAUUUAUAGGAAACUUGAUAAAAGCUAAUAAUAAGCUGAUCAGUAGCAGAGAAGUGCAUUAUCCCGAAAGAGUGGUUUGAAAGGUUUCUCCGGGUUCUGGUGACUUCUUCAUAGACCCUGAAUCACAGCCAAAAAAAUAAAGAUAUAUUUACAGAAACUUCUCAAGCCAUUCCUGCCACAGAAGCCACUUCUCAGUUUUACUAAUUAUCGUAAUAUUUAUUACUUUUCAAACAAUAACUGCUUUGCCUGUAAAUCGCUAAUUACGCUUAUUUAACUGGAGCUUGUGCACUCUGAAGAGACGAUAGUGACACUGAAGUGGUGUAAUUAGCAGUGAAAACUAUAAGCGCAAAGCUGUAAGGUACAAAGUUGUCAGCGUAAUCUGUUUUGGGGGGGGGGCUGUAAAAUAGAAACAAUACCACAUUUCCACUUCAGAGUAUUCCUUUAAUAUUUAGCUGCCGUGCUGCAGCAAUCAGGGAUUGGGUACUGACAAUCUUAAUAGAUAAUGAGAUAAAAGUGAAACAUGUUUUUUUUGGUACUAUUGAAAUAAAUCAACUGAUCCCAC